AUUCAUAUCUAUAUAGAAUGAUAUUUUGUUACGUAGGUCUAAUAACAGUCUUACUGACUACAUUAGUACAAGCGGUGACUGAUCCAGAUAUAAAAAGAAAAUAUCGAUAUGAUUGCGCUAUAUAUACAGUGGAUAUUAAACAACAUCCGGACAGCAAGUACAGAUACGAAUUAGAGUUGGUGGGUUCGAAGAAGCCGAAGGUAGUGGAAACUUCAAAUACAGUGGAAUUGUGUGAAAUACCAAUGUGUAAAGAGAUAGUUCUAAAAUUCGAAAUCUAUGAGAAGAAAAAGAAUGACGAAGAUUUCAAAAUCAUCUUCUCAAAGGAAUAUAAAAAAUCUUUAGAAGCACCUAAAAUCAGUGAAAUGAAAGUACGUUUCGAUGAUGCCAAAACUGCUAUCAUUAACUGGAAACUUCAAGAUUACGAAAACUGCAAGGAUAAAGAAUUACAAUUCGCUCUAUUUGGCGACAAAACGGUUAUUCAGAUGGCUAAAGGACAAGAAAUCAGGGUUCCAUUUUUAACAUCAGACAGUUCCUACAUCGUACACGCUUUUCCAAAUCAGGUGGACACGGAGACCACUGUAUACAUGUCCGCUGGGCUUAAUAUCAAAGUUCCUUAAAUACAUGCCUCAAUGGUGAUGAUAAUGAUGAUGAUGUGAAGCUGAUCGUUUGGACAACCGACAGUUUAUGAUUAUAAAAACUCUCAACAUUAUUUAAUUAAUUCUUGUGUAUGUGCAAAAUAUGUUGCCAUUCUCUUAUUAUUUUAUUCAUCUACAAUAUUUGCUUGCCUUCAAUUAAAUUAUCCCAAUAAAUUACUAAUCUGACAGUAAA